AAAUUAUAAUCUAAAUAAAGAAUUUUAUAAUUUUUUAAUUUGGACGUUAACGCAUACUUAAAAACAUUAUGUAAACAUUACUAGGAGCGUCUACACGUGCUAUAAUAUUCCAUUACUAAUGGAAAAAUAAAUAGCGGCUGUCAUUGUGUUGUUGUCGUCUACUUACGCUUGCCUGCCAACAUAAAAUUUAAAAAGAACUCUAAUUUAAAAUCUUCAAGAGCCCCCGUAUACGUGGAAUGAAACUGCACUUUCAGCGAUUAUAAUAGUUUGUAUUUGAAGUGGUGUGAAUAAACGGGAAAGGAUUAAGAAAAAAGUAAUUCGAACAGGACGUAGCACGGAUGGCUGAACGUCCAAAAAAUCUUUUUGCAGGUGGAUCCUGCCGGCCGCGUAUGCCGCCUAAUGAGCUAAAUUUUAGCACUUUCAGUAUGCGUCACCCGCCCUCCUCUUUAUCAUCCACAUCAUCAGGUUCAGCCUCUUCUACUAGUAGUAUAUUAGUUGGCGCUUUACCUAUUAUGCCAACGGAUCGUACCCGAGAACGUAUUAAACAACAAGCUUGCGGCAAACUGCAGUUAGGUUCGAGCCCUCAAGAUGUGUACCAGUUUACUUCUGAUGAUCUAGAGGACUUAGGUGAAAUUGGCCGUGGGGCGUUUGGGGCCGUAAAUAAAAUGAUUUUUAAAAAAAUCGAUAAAGUGAUGGCUGUGAAACGUAUACGCGCCACAGUUGACGAAAAGGAGCAGAAACAACUACUGAUGGAUUUGGAGGUGGUCAUGAAGUCAAAUGAUUGUAAUUACAUUGUGCAAUUUUACGGCGCUCUAUUCAAAGAGGGCGAUUGCUGGAUAUGCAUGGAAUUAAUGGACACGUCAUUGGAUAAAUUUUACAAAUAUAUAUUUGAGCGAAAGAAUCAGCGUGUACCAGAGUCAAUUUUAGCUAAAAUAACGGUAGCGACGGUGCACGCUUUAAAUUAUCUCAAAGAGAAACUUAAAAUUAUACAUCGUGAUGUUAAACCUAGUAACAUUUUGUUGCAUAAACGUGGAGAUAUUAAAUUAUGUGAUUUUGGUAUAUCUGGGCAAUUGGUGGACUCUAUAGCAAAAACUAAGGACGCCGGUUGCAGGCCGUAUAUGGCGCCUGAGCGCAUUGACCCCGAAAGGGCGAAGGGCUAUGAUGUACGCAGUGAUGUUUGGUCUUUGGGCAUUACAUUAAUGGAAGUGGCUACUGGGAAUUUUCCUUACCGCAAAUGGGAUUCGGUAUUUGAGCAGUUGUGUCAGGUUGUGCAAGGAGAUCCGCCACGUUUACAACAGGGUCAGGAGUUUUCAACCGAAUUUGUUGAAUUUGUUAACACUUGCCUAAUUAAAAAUGAAAGCGAACGUCCUAAAUAUGAUCGCUUAUUGGAAAUGCCAUUUAUAUUACGCGGUGAACGUAGCCACACAGAUGUAGCCGCCUAUGUUACAGAUAUACUCGAGGCCAUGGAGAAUGAUGGCAUAACACAAUUUACCACGAACCAGCCGGCUGAGAGUUAAUGGAAAUUAACUUGCAGCAAACCGAAUUAAUGGAAAAGAACGUAAACAAAAACAAAUCAUUAAAUAAUAUUGUAUUGUUGUCUACUUGAUAGCCUGUAAGUCGAACAUUGUUAAAAAAGAAAAAAAAACCUUUAAUUUUGUAGAUUACGCAAAUGUCACAAACACACUAUAGUAAAAUAUAAGUCAGUGUGAACAAUCAUAUGCAAUUAGAUUUCGUAGAUAUGCCAACAAUAGAAAAAGUUUAUGUUGCUUCGUAAAUGUUAGUAUAAUGCAGUGUUAAGUUAAACCCAGGGGAAGGGCAUUUUAUGAUUUAAUAGUCGUUAGAUUUUAGAUUUGCAACAAUUAAACUCUCUGAGUGAUAUAUGUAUGGUCCACAAAAGGCGAAAGAUUCCAAAUAAAUAACUAAUUGUUUUUUGGAAAUAAGUGUAAGAAAAUUAAUAAGAUUGUGCAUUUAAAAUUUUUUUGUUUAAGCAAAUAAAAUCCAUUAAAGAAAAAAACUGAAAACGGAAGCAAUAUUAUGAAACAUGGAAUAACACCAAUUUUUGUAAAUGUCUUAAUAAAAUACGAAAAAAAUAAAAUAAAAUAAAACAAAAGCAUAUCGGUAUACUAAAAAGAAGAACACACAAAUUAAAAUUGAAUUUGAUUAAAAUUAAAAGAACUAACAACAAUCCUUAGCCUUAGCAAUUAUUAUAAUAAACGCCAAUAUUAUCAUUAAUAUUGAAAGAAAUGUAAGGAGAACACAAAAUAUGUACCAAAAAAUACAAGUUCCGUUGCCUAUUUUCGAAAAAUUUAAUGCAGUUGGUACGUUUAUGGGAUGUUUAAAUAACAAAUUAAAAACAAAAAUUUGUGUACUUUGCACGGAAAAGUUUCCACUUCCCUCUUUUUUCGUUUUUGUGUUUUAAUUUUGUUUGUGUUAUUUUUAAUUUACCAGUAUAAGGCUUCAACUCAGGUUGUUAAAGAAAACAAAAAAUGAAAAAAAAAACCACAUUUGUAUGAAUAUGUCCAGGUGUUUAGUAUUUGUAGCUUGACAACAACAACAACAGGAACAAUUUUAGACCGUCUUACAGCCAAUAAAUCGCUUUACAUUUUUAGCAUAUAUAAAUCAACCAAGCAAUCAGCGUCCAUUUUGCGCUCCUUUACAAACAUGUAACAGUAGCUUGCUAAGCUUUCAUUAAUUUUGUGCUAUUGUUUUUUUUUAACAGAAAGCAUAAAAAAUUAUGCUUAAAAAUAAAUGAAAAACCCAUAAUUCUUUCAAAGAAUUGUAGUAGUAGUCGUAGUAGAUUCGAUUAAAAUUAUAGCAAUAUUUAUCAGUAAAAAUUUAAAUGAUAUUAUUCCACUAUUCUUCAAGCCUUUCAUUUCUGAGUACAGUUGUAGUCGAUUACUUAAUAAUUUCUAAAUAAUUAAAAUAUAGUACAUAGUCCCUUACAGAGAUAAAUAUUCUAAAAAAAAAAAAUAAAAUUUAAAAUUUAAAGUCAUCUAGUUGACAAUAAAAUUUUGCGGCAAAGUAUUUAAAAGAAAAAGGAAAAAGACAUCUUUAAAAAAAAAAGACUAGUAACCAUCCUUUUCAAUCUCUUUAGCACGUCUAUGCUCUCACUCUACUCUCUGGCUUCCAAGUAAAGUUAAAAACAAGAAAAACAAUGAAAUCUAAACUUGACACCAGCAAAGCAUAACUAUAAACAGAUUAUACACGUCCAUAUAUACUAUUUAUGAGUAAUAAACAAAAACAAAAAAGUAUACAAAAAAUAUAUUUUGCACGAUAUUCUUAUUUGUUUAA